GGACGGGGAUCCCGAGUGCUGCCGACGUUGCUUCUUCUGGGAGCUCUUCCACAGCUUGGAGACCACUGAGGAUGUGUGACCCCAACCAAGGAUACCCUGGUCCUGGCACAGGUCCCUACCCUGGUGGCGUGGCAGUCUGCCCUGCUCCGCCGGUCCAGCACCCCCAUGGGCACCCCCCAUCGGGGCAUCAUCCUCACGGACACCAGGAGCACCAUAAGAAGCACGAUAAGAAGCACCAUAAGAAGCACGAUAAGAAGAAGCAUGGCAAGCACCAUGAAGGCAAGCCCUCUGGCAGCUCAAGCAGCAGCUCUGACUCUGACUAAAGGUCUGGCAUAUUCCACCUGCUCCAUGGUGAUCAGCAAAAGAUGAGGCCAAACUCCUCGUGGGAAACCCCUGCAUGUCAAUCCUCUCCCUCCCCCUUUCCCCUGGAGCAGUGUUUUGCCUGCUGAGUGAUUUUUCUUGCGUGCAAGAGUUUCCAAAUCGUUUGACCUGGAAUCUCCAAGUUAAUGGACAACGUUUCUACCCUUUAUCUUCCGGGAGAGCCUGCUGAAAGUCAUCACAUGUUGUUUUCCAA